AGGCUUUGAUGUAGUUGCCUUUGAGCUCUGUAUACAACCGCCAGGAUACGUGAGUGCCGCGCGUGGAUUUUUUCAAAGCGGAGUGUAGAUAAAAUUCGAAGAUUUUACACCAAAACAAUAUCUGCUUAGGCCUAGGAAGAUAUGCCACAACAGCCUAGUGGGGCUGGCGAGGAUUUAGCUGCCGGAGAUGAGACGAUUUCCUUCAAAGACGAAGGUGGCCCAGGCGAAAUCCCGACGAAGAAGUUGGCCGAUUCGACCACGUCUAGUCGGGAUCUGAACGAUAUAAAAUCUAGCCUAGUGACUGAAGGGGAAUGUAAGAACUCCAGCGACGAUCAGCGUGGUAUUAAGCGACUAGCCCCCGAUUAUGGUGAAUCAGUGAAAGACAGCGUAAAAGAACAACCACUAUUUCGGAUAUACGACACUGUUGGGGGCUCGUCUAAGCUUGAUCAUUUUCGAUAUGGACAACAUUAUCGGUUUUUCACCGGCGGUUACCCAAGUGCAUCGAUGCUGCCUACGGAAGGCGUAUGACAUGCCCACAGGGACGGCAUUCCACUCCAUUUAUUGGGAUCUUUGAACUCAUCAAGCAGUCUGCCAAUUAUGUAAACACGGAACAAAACAUAUUUGAUAGAGCAGCCUCUCAAAUUGAUUUAAAAAGCCAUUAAUGAUCCUCACAUU